AUGAUGGAACGGUCCCGUUUUCCUGUGAUUCCAACGUUAUCCAGCGUGGUUGAUCGUUAUUACACUCGCUUGUACAUGUGCGACGUCAAUGGUGCUUUUGGGGAGGACCAAUGUGUACUUGUCCAUUCGAAUCACAUCUGCCUUAUUACCAUCGCUCCUUCUCAUCCUGUGUUACGUGUGCCUGGUCGCAGCGUGACGAGCAUCGAUUUCAGUAUUACCGAUUCCUUCAGCCGUUUGGACAACAAAGUCAGUGGCAAGCACAAGAAGGGGGGACAAAUGCUGUUACCUGAAUCAACGUUGUGUACGGUCACUUGCAGCGACGCAUCGGUGUACGUGUUGCGAGCUUGUGUCAAGGGUACCCUGGUUGAGGUGAAUGUUGAACUGCAGACGAAUCCAUUGCUGCUCCAGGAAUACCCUGAAACCAAUGGCUAUGUGGCAAUCAUCUUACCUUCAUGUCGAAACUCUCUGAAUUUCGAAAACCUGAUCUCUCGAGAGGAAUAUCAAAAACUUAGGACUGUCACAGAAGAAAAAAUUUCAAAGGAAGAACAAAGAGGAGGUGAGUCCGAACCGGCUGUUUCAGAGUCUCUGCAAGACUCAGAGACUACUAAUAAUCCGUCUUGA